AUGGUGUCACUCAGAGAGAAGAAAAAACCAGAAUCUGCUUCCACCUCACACCAUGAGGUUAAACUCCCAAGAGUUCAGAUACCAAUGUUUGAUGGCAGAUCAAACACAUGGAUUGAAUUCCAUGAUAUUUUUAAUCAAGUGAUACACUGCAACAACAGAUUAUCAGAUGUUGAAAAAAUGCAGUAUCUCAAGAAUAAUCUUAAAGGUGAGGCCUCCAAACUAUUAAGACAUUUAGAGGUUAGUAACAACAACUAUAAGGUGUCAUGGGAUUUAUUAAACGAGAGAUAUGCCAACAAACGAAGAUUAGUAAAUUCAUAUCUCCAUACCUUAUUAAAUCAACCAAAGGUUGAUUCAGAAUCCAGUACCCAACUAAAAAAGUUGCAUGAUACAACAAAAGAGUGCUUAUACGGUAUGUCAAAUCUUGGAUUUGACACCUCUUCCUGGGAACCAAUAAUAAUAUAUCAUAUAACACAAAGAUUAGAUAUUGAAUCUCUACGGCUGUAUGAGCAGUCGUUACCAAACACGAAGGAUGUUCCAUCUUUACAACAAGUAUAUGACUUUCUAACGAAUCGUUUCGAAUCGUUAGAAUCACUGGGUGACAAGAAACGAGAACAUAAAAACCAUCCAAGGCAAAUUGUUCGAAACUUCGUAACAAAAGUUGAAACCCGAUGUCGCUAUUGUAGAAAAACUGCACAUAGCAUUUAUAAAUGCAAUGAAUUUCUUGCAUUACACCCAAACCAGAAAUUAGAAGCCGUCAAACGCCAAAACCUAUGCCGCAAUUGUCUUAGCCAUACGAUGAAUGAAAGCUGUCAGAGUCGCAGAACCUGCAGCAUAUGCAAAGGCUAUCAUCACACUUUAUUACACAAUGAUGCCCUUUCUAAGAAUCCAAGAAAUACAACCAUCCAAACAGCAUUGGCAGAAUAUAAUAAAGAAAUUCUUUUAGCCACUGCAAUGAUAAAGGUAACCACAUACAAUGGUAAAUUUGAAAUAUUGCGUGCACUCAUUGACACUGGAGCACAGGCAUCAUUUAUAACUGAGGAGGCAGCCCAGAUGUUAUCGGUCCCGAAAUCUAAGGCUUACGUUAAAGUAUCCGGUCUUGGAGCAUCAUCAGCAGGAACAUCACUUGGAAAGGUUCAUAUCCAAGUCCAACCUCGAUUUUCAUCAACAUUCAAAAUCAAUAUUGAUGCGUAUGUUCUCCCUAAGUUAACAAAUAAACUUCCCAAUUCUUACUUCAAGUUCUCAAUGUGGAAAAAUUACUUGCUGGCUGAUCAAACCUUCAACCAGCCUGGACCAAUUGACGUCAUCAUAGGUGCCGAUGUAUAUCCCUCGAUAAUUUGCGAUGGAAUCAAAAAAUCAGAAAACGGUACAUUGGCACAAAAUACAGAACUAGGCUGGAUCAUAUCAGGGAAGAUACCAGUAUCAAAGGAUCCCAUACAAAUCAUAACAAUGAUAUCUACAACUGAACUCUUUGAUCUAAGCAACCAACUUAAACGCUUCUGGGAAAUAGAAGAAACUCCAUACCAAGAAGAAACAACGAAUGAAAAUGAUGACUGCGAAAAACAAUUCAAAGAAAACCAUAGACGAAAUCACGAUGGAACAUACACAGUAAGAAUUCCAUUCAAACCAAAUAAACAAACUUUAGGUGAUUCGAAAAAGAGAGCAAUGGCUAGACUUUUACAAAUGGAAAAAAAGUUUAAAAAGAAUAAUAAAGUUGGGGAAGAAUACAGAAAAUUUAUGAGAGAGUAUUUAACCCUUGGACAUAUGAAACCGAUUGAGCAGAUUACAAAUCCUGAUGAUGAAGUAUACUAUAUGCCACAUCAAGCAGUAAUAAAAGCAGACAGCACUACUACAAAGCUCCGUGUAGUCUUUGAUGCCUCAUCCAAAACAGACAAUGGAGAAAGUCUGAAUGACAACAUGCUAGUUGGACCUAGGUUACAGGCUGAUUUAGCAACCAUACUUCUACGUUGGCGGAAGUAUAAAUACGUCUUUACAGCAGACAUAGAAAAGAUGUAUCGACAAAUAAAAAUUGAUGAGAGAGACAUGAAUUAUCAGAGAAUAUUAUGGAGAUUCUCACCCGAUGAAACGAUUAAAGAAUAUGCACUAACAACAGUUACAUAUGGGACGUCGUCAGCCCCAUACCUUGCCAUUAAAACAAUACGUCAAUUGGCAGAUGAUGAAGCGAUAAGAUUUCCAAAGGCAUCUAAGAUUGUUCACGAAGACUUCUAUAUGGACGAUGUUAUGACGGGAGCACACACUAUUGACGAAGCUAGAGCAAUUCAGAAAGAACUAGUUGAAUUAAUGCAAGCAGGUGGAUUUAACCUCAGAAAAUGGACGAGUAAUAACCAGGAACUUUUGAGAUGCAUCCCAUUAGAGCAAAGAGAGCUAGGAAUAAUUGAGCUAGUAGAAAAUGAAGAAAAGACCACUAUAAAAACCCUUGGUAUUAAUUGGAAUCCAGCAACAGACACAUUCCAUUUCAAGGUUAGCAUUAAAAAUGAUUCCACUAAAUUAACAAAAAGAAUUAUUUUAUCAAAAGCAGCUCAAAUAUUUGACCCUCUGGGUUGGAUAACUCCAGUCACCCUACGGGCAAAGUUAAUUAUUCAAAAACUAUGGAAGUCCAAAGUAUCCUGGGAUGACGAAGUCCCUGAAACAAUUGCAACAGAAUGGAUCAAAUACCAAAGUGAAGCUUCCGCUCUAGAACAAAUCAAAAUACCAAGAUACAUAAAUUACUCAAUCCAAGUUACCUCCAUAGAAUUACAUGGGUUUUGUGAUGCGUCAGAACAAGCAUAUGGUGCCGUAGUAUAUUCAAAAAUAACAACACGAAGUGGUGAUACAAAUAUCUGUCUUCUUACUGGAAAAUCGAAAGUAGCACCCAUCAAAUCAAAACUUACGAUACCUCGUCUAGAGCUGUGUGGAGCGGAGCUCCUUAGUAAGUUGAUGGUUCACGUGAGUAAAACUCUUGAAAUAGAAAAUUUAGACAUCUUUUACUGGACCGAUUCAAUGAUAACAUUAGGCAGAAUACAAGGGUCAAAUAGUAAACUCGAUGCAUUUGAAAGAAAUCGAAUUCAAAAAAUCCAGAGAAUAACUAAUCAAAGUAACUGGAACUAUGUCAAAACAGGAGAUAACCCAGCAGAUUGUGCAUCACGAAGUAUAAAUGCCUCAGAGUUAAUCAAUCACAAACUUUGGUGGUAUGGACCUUCAUGGUUAAAAUUAGAUAAAAACUUAUGGCAACUUAAGAAAUUAGAGAAGCCAGCAGAAGAAAAGGAAGACCCGGUAAACCUGUUAUUAGCAAAUGUCUCUUCUUACCAAGAGAAUGCAAUAAUAACACAAUUUUCAUCAAUCAACCAAUGUCUACGAGUACUGUCACACUGCAGAAGAUUUAUAAAGAGCUGUAGGUCUAAAGAAUUACAGACAUUUAAAAAAUAUAUUACAGUCAAAGAGUUGAAAGAAACACUUUACCUAGUAUUGCGACAAAUCCAAUACACAGAAUUUAAAGAAGAAAUAAAAAAACUAACGAAAAACGAACCUAUAGCCAUGAAAAGCAAGUUACUUAUGUUGAACCCUAUAAUUGACGAUACUGGACUCCUCCGAGUUGGGGGAAGGUUGCAGAACUCAAGUCUCCCAUAUGAAGAACGACAUCCAAUUAUCCUUCCUCACAACGGUCAUUUCACGAAACUAAUCAUAGAAGAUGCACAUAUGCAAUGUCUGCAUGGAGGAAACUCUCAAACACUUGCCUUUAUUCGAAGAAAAUAUUGGAUACUUAGUGCUAAAAACAGAGUAAGGCAAAUACUAAACAAAUGUGUAACUUGUUGCCGAUACAAAGCCUCAAACACGCAACAAAUCAUGGGAAAUCUUCCCGAAUUUAGAGUUGUUCCAUCCCCACCGUUUAGUCACACUGGGAUCGACUAUGCUGGACCCAUUCAAAUUAGAAUGUCUAAGGGCCGAGGAAUGAAGACAUACAAAGGUUAUAUAGCGGUAUUUAUAUGCUGUACAACUAAGGCGCUCCAUCUUGAAGCAGUUAGUGAUCUCACAAGUCAAUCUUUUAUAGCUGCGUACAAAAGGUUUGCAGCAAGACGUGGAAACUGCAAACACAUCUAUAGCGAUUGUGGUUCGAAUUUCAUUGGAGCUAAUAAAAUUCUAGAGAAAGAACUUCAAGAUGCAAUAAAGCAAUCAUCCGAAUACAUGGUAAAGAAGUUAGCUGAAGACGGAAUUCAUUGGCACUUUAAUCCACCAGCAGCACCACACAUGGGUGGAUUAUGGGAAGCAGGUGUAAAAUCGAAAAAUUCCCUUGAUACUAAACCAGGAGUUGAUAAUUUCUGUAAGAUGAAAAUUGAUAUUCCAUUCGAAUCGAAUGAAAAAGCCCAAAUUGUUUUGGAUGUUCUCAAAGUAGAUUCAUCAGAUCCAGAUUCAGAACAUCGCGCCAAGGAAAACAUCUUCAUUGAAGAAAAAACUCUAUACGCUCAAUUCACAGCCGAUACACCAAAGUCCUUACGUUCUUGUGCUUCUUCAUUUUACGAUAAACUUAUCCUUAUCACAGAUCUUAUGAAAGAAUUCUCUGAAAAGCCAACAUCCAACUAA